UUGUACGUACUCUACUUACUGUAUACGGCAGACUUCACGGACAGUGUGUACCCUGUCAUCAUCCUUUAUCAAGAUUUGGGUCGUUGGUGGUGCUGUUGAAGACCGUCAUGAAGGCACCUUCAUCGAGUAAGGACAUCACCAAGUCCUGGCUGGAGUAUGUGCUGGGUCAACACCUGGCCAGUACCUACCCAGAAAAGACGGUAACAGUCAAGAACUUUAAUGUUGAUGAUGGUGCGGGGCCUAGUGAUGGCUUCAACUCAGAGCUGGUGGUCUUGCAGGUUGAGACAUUACUGGAGGAAAAAGGACUUUCACUCAAGGCAUCAGUGAAAGAAGACAAUUCAUCUAAGGCAAUAAUGAAGGAAGAAGGAAGCUCACUCAAGGCAUCAAUGAAGGUAGAGCAAAGCUCUCCUGAAAUAUCAGUGAAGGAAGUAGGAAGCUCACCUGAGACAGUGAAAGAAAAACAAAGCUCACCUGAGACAUCGAUGAAGGAGGAAGAAAGCUCACCUACAGUACAAGACACCAUCACUUUCCAUCUGGUAGCCAAGUUUCUCAGUGUGGAUCCUAUGAACCGUGAGUUCAACCGUUCAGCAAAGAGCAAUUUAAAGGAGUAUCUGAUGUACACAGAUCUCAUUAAAGAGUUAAAUGAAUUUCAGGCUGCCAGAGCACCUGAUGAACCCAUGAUAUCGAUGCCCGAGCUUAUCUAUGGCAAGUGCACAGACAAGGAAUUUGUUUUAUUAAUGGAAAAUUUACAGGUUAAAGGAUACAAGAUAAAUGACAAACGUAAAGGGCUGGACUUCCAGCAUCUUAAGGCUGCUGUAGACCAACUUGCAAGAAUUCAUGCUGUGUCAUAUGCAUACAAUCAGACUACUGACCUUGGAAAGAAGUAUCCAUGUAUUUCCUCAACAUUAGCUUUUCUAAGCUUUAUAAACCCCUUAGCAACUGUUUUGUUAGAAAUUUGUUGUAAAUAUCUCAAAAGUUUAGGUAAUAAAAAUGAUGUAUCAGAGAGACUUGGAGAAAGUAAGCAAAAUUUACUAGACAAGUUAAUAACUGUUAUGAGUGAAGGAGACAACAAAAUCACAUGCUUAAAUCAUGGAGAUUAUUGGAACUGUAAUUUCAUGUAUAAAUACAAAGACUCAGAUCUAGAACAAAGUCAACAACAUAUAGAGAAAUUAAAAGUUAUUGACUGGGGAAACAGCAGCUUAGGUAACCCUGUGUUUGAUCUGCAUUAUAUAGUGAAUACAUCCACCACCGUUGAAGUGAGAAAUGCUCACCUGGAGGAGAUCUUACAGUACUAUCACUCAACCUUCACCAGGCUCACCACCAAGAUGGGCACCCCUCCUGCCAACUGGACCUUUGAGGAAUUCAAGAUCAACUGGGAGAAGACACAAAUUGUAGGGUUCAUUUUAGGUAGUGCUCUGACGUUGGGAACUCUAAACACUUGUAAUCUUAUGAAGAAACCUGAACCAUCUGUGCUCGACAAACCUCUUCUCUUGCCAGUUAAACUAGCUCUUGGUGGCAUGAAGCAGGCAUUGGCAAAGUUAUUAGUUCCCAUGAUCUACACGCCAAUGGGUCAGCGCAUUAACAAAACUCUUUUCCGUCUUAUGUUUAAGCCAAUACUAGCAGAACUUCAGUCUGGGAAGAAUGAAGUGAUGAGCAAAAGGAUCCUAGAUCUACUCGUUGAGGCAGAUGAGAAAGGAUUGUUCACUGUAGAUCCAACAGGAAAACCAUAACCAUUACUGGAAGUGAUUUUCUGAAUUUCAUAUUGCUGGUACACAUUUAAAGUUGCCUCAUAUUCUUUUAUCUUUUGUUAGCUAACUAUCUAUAAUAUUUCCACACUAUGCUGGCCCUUAAGCCCUGCCCCUCGUCUAUAGCUACAAAUAGCCGAUUGGUUCCCCUGAAUGCUGUACCCCCCCCUCCAUACUGUGCAUAUUUAUAUCGACCUUUUAUGAUAAAUAUUUAAAAUUUUCUAACAUCCUUUCUGAAGUGCUAAUACCUUGAAAUUAUUUACAUUUUGAUAAUCCAUAUAUAUAUAACAUUAUUUUAGAUAAUAACAGGUCUGCUUACCAAUUGUGAACACAUUUAGUUUGAAUUUUCUAUGAACCAAUCAGCUAUUAGUAGAGAAGAGGGGCCAGGUUAAGGUGUUUUUGUAAGGUGUUUUAAGAUGCACAGCAUAGCAAACGUGUUAACUUUCCCGGACUGUCAUUAAAAAAUACUACAUUUGUACCGCAUCUUGGAAAUAA